AUGAGCGCCCCCCCGACGCUGCCCCCAGGGGGCGAGGAAGAGCUCGAGAUGGCCUGGUCCCCUGCAGUCAACGCCAGUUGCGCCCCUGCCGAGGAGGCGGCGGCAGUGGGGACCAGGGACACCGGGGCAGCGGGCAUGGUCGCCAUCCAAUGCAUCUAUGCACUGGUGUGCCUGGUGGGCCUGGUGGGCAACGCCCUGGUCAUCUUCGUGAUCCUCCGCUAUGCCAAGAUGAAGACGGCCACCAACAUCUACCUGCUUAACCUGGCCAUCGCAGAUGAGCUCUUCAUGCUGAGCGUGCCCUUCGUGGCCUCGUCGGCCGCCCUGCGCCACUGGCCCUUCGGGUCUGUGCUUUGCCGCGCGGUGCUCAGUGUGGACGGCCUCAACAUGUUCACCAGUGUCUUCUGUCUGACGGUGCUCAGCGUGGACCGCUAUGUCGCCGUGGUGCACCCUCUGCGCGCCGCCACCUACCGGAGGCCCAGCGUGGCCAAGCUCAUCAACUUGGGCGUGUGGCUGGCGUCCUUGCUGGUCACCCUGCCCAUCGCCAUCUUUGCUGACACCAGGCCGGCUCGGGGCGGCCAGGCCAUAGCCUGCAACCUGCACUGGCCGCACCCGGCCUGGUCGGCGGUCUUUGUAAUCUAUACUUUCCUGCUGGGCUUCCUGCUGCCCGUUCUGGCCAUCGGCCUGUGCUACCUGCUCAUCGUGGGCAAGAUGCGGGCGGUGGCACUGCGGGCUGGCUGGCAGCAGCGGAGGCGCUCGGAAAAGAAGAUCACGCGACUGGUGCUGAUGGUGGUAGCCGUCUUUGUGCUCUGCUGGAUGCCUUUCUACGUGGUGCAGCUGUUGAACCUGUUUGUGACCAGCCUUGAUGCCACAGUCAACCAUGUGUCCCUCAUCCUCAGCUAUGCCAACAGUUGUGCCAACCCUAUCCUCUAUGGCUUCCUCUCCGACAACUUCCGCCGUUCCUUUCAGCGGGUUCUCUGCCUACGCUGCUGCCUCCUGGAUGUCGCUGGUGGUGCUGAGGAAGAGCCCCUGGACUACUAUGCCACUGCUGUCAAGAGCAGAGGUGGGGCAGGAUGGAUAUGUCCACCACUCCCCUGCCAGCAGGAGCCCAUUCGACCAGAACCCAGCCACAAGCAGGUCCCUCUCACCAGGACCACCACCUUCUAAAGGGCCCUUUCACCUCUUCCCUAGCCUGGUCACCUGUAAGGGAGUCUGCACCACCCUGACACCCCAGCAGACUGCCUGUCCUAGAUACUCGCCGAAGAGCCACCACCUACCUGUUCCCACCACAGCCACAGUCACAGCCACCUUUUCCCAGCAGCCUAUGUGCCAGCCCCAACAGCAUCAAAGUUCCUUUUCUUUGUCUUGUCCCCAAGACUCUGGUUUCUGGGAGGACGCCUCCAUAGGGGUAGGACUCCUCUGACCACUAGUCCUGAUAUUAAUCAUCCCUGGAUCUCUGACUAGUUUCCGAGGGAUGGGAAGCCAGGGAAUGCCAGACAGGAAUGGCAGUCUGCAUGUGACGCAGUACAGAAUCUCUGCCUUGGAGAGGACUGUCCAGAGGGUGGAGGUAGCCUGUGCCAUUGCUCUCUGCAGAUUCUGCCUGUGGUGGGGACACACAUGUUCAAAAAGAGAAGGGAGGAAGGAAGAUGCCUCCAAGCUCACUGUUGACUUUCAUUCCUGGGCUCUUUUCUAACUAAAAUUGAUGCAUGACAACCUGGGGAACCAGCUUUGUUACCCUCCAGGCCCAGUGCCUACUUGCAGUCAGAAAUGUCACUCCAGUUUUCUGGGACUAGCAGCAGGCUUCCUGUGAGUAGGAAAGGUUUGGAAAGUCAUGAGGCGCAAAACCAGGUCCUGCAAGCUGUGGAAGAUUAUCAGCAACCAUGUGCCUCUUGCUGAGAUUUGGAAUUCUCCCUCAGACCUGGAUAUCCAAUAAUGAGAACACAGAGUGGGACCAUGGACAUUGACCCACAACC